UAAUAUGUUUAUCUCAUCUCAAUUGUUUACAGUUAUGUGUUGUUUUUUGGUUUAAAGAGCUUUGUUUUUUGGUUCCGCCUAAGUUAUUUGUACAUAAAAAUAGGAUAAUGGAAAUUGGAUAUUUACAAGAAGUAAAAGCAAUAAUUAAAUCGCUUGUGAUUUCAUGUCCUAAAGCAAUUACGAUUGAUGAACUUAAUCGGGACUAUAGGAACAUUGAGGGCCAACGAAUACCUUAUCAUAAGCUUGGCUUCCAAACAUUAGAGUCGUUCCUUCGUUCUAUUCCUGAUACAGUUAAUGUUUACGGAAGUGGGCCUUCAGCUUCUGUAGGUAUUGUUCUCAAUGAAAAAUCUGCUCAUAUACAUAAGAUGGUAAAUGAGCAAAAAAAGACAAGAAAUAAACCAAAGUCGUCAAAAGAAAAAAUAAUGCCAGUAAAUGCUUCUUAUUUUGAUAAACCACAUUCUGCAGGACAGAAAGUACAAAUAAGUUCUAAGAAAAUAAGCAAUAAUACUCUUCCUUCAAGUAAUAUUCGUCUCAGUCAUUUUAUAUCACGCAGUGGCCCGCGGAACACGAUAAUAAAGUGUCAAGCGCUUGACACUUCGAAGUUUAUGGUUAAAAGAGUUGAACAAAAACCAAUACAAUUUUCUGGGCAAAGCUUUCCUGAUGAUGUGAAGGAAAUCAACAAACCUUUACAUUUGAUGCCUGGAAACAACCUACAAAGCAACAAAUCCAUACAUAAAAUAUCUGAAACAAUUCCACAAGUCAAACAUGAAACAAUUUCACAUUCUGAGGUAGAGCAAAAUAUUAUUUUGGGCAGAUCUCCAUUAACACAACUAAAGCAAGAUGAAUAUUUAUGGAAAAUCUUCGGUAUGUGUGAAAUACGUGAUGAAGUUGAUGUAGAUUCAUCAAGGAAUAGAACUGUAGAAAACGGAAAACAAAAUUUCACAACUGAAAUUUCAAAUAAUAACGAGAACAGAGAUGAACUAUCUGUUAGAAACGUUUUUAAACCGUUGUCAUUAAAAAAUUCUCUUGAAAAAAGUCACAUAGAUGACAUUGAAGAAGCAGUCCCAGCCUUUGCAGCUAAUAGCCUAGUAUUCCGAAUGGAUUUUCCGGAAAAUACUAUGACCUUCGGUAAGAAGAUCCCCCCUUAUAAAAUUUCGGACCAAAUUAUUCGAGGUUCUAUCAUUGGAAUUUUUAUAUCAGAGAUUCACAGUCCUUACAAAUUUUGGUUUCAUAUUUACAAAAAACACCAUGAAUUGGAUGAACUAAUGCUUCAAAUUGAACGAUUUUAUACAUCACUGGAACCUGAAAUAUUCUGUAUACCUAGUGUUUGUGUAUGUCCUGGCCAAGUGUGUGCAGCUCUUUACAAAGGACUAUGGCAUCGUGCAGAAAUUUUGACUUCAGUUAUUGGGAAUAAAGCAAAGGUCUUCUUUGUAGAUUAUGGCACCGUUUCGAAUGUACCUGUUAGCAACAUAAAAUUUCUCUUGACCUCGUUCGCAAGAUUGCCAAAGCAAGCUAUUCGCGGAUCAUUGUCCCAUAUUUGUCCCAAUAAUUAUCACUGGAGCCCGGAAUCAAUCCAAUAUUUUUUGUCCCUGUCUUCUGAGUUAAUGCUCUAUGGUCAAGUCUCAGAGAUCAAUGAAAAGAAACGCAUAAUUCACAUGGUCUUAUGUGAUUCGAAUCGAAAUGAAGUUUUACAAAUUAAUAGAGAGUUGGUGGAAAAAGGAUUUGCUUUUUACGAUGAACAAUGGUUGAAAUCUGAUAAGGAUGAGCUGCGAACACAUCAUCUUCGUGAAGAUUUUCCUACGUUUUCUAUGCUCGAAAUGGGCGAAUAUCCUUCGUUGGCUGAGCUAGUUGACCUUAAAAAUAAAGGUAUUGACUAUGAAAGAAUCACAGAUCACCAUGUGUUUCAUCCGGGUAGAUUGGAUCUUCAAGAAAAUGUGCCUGAUGAAAUCCGUAGACUUCCUUUUCAAUUGCUUACAACAAAUCCUUUUAGACAGGAUAUUUAUUUACAACUGAAACAUUUGUUAUAAGAAUUUAUAAAAAGAUGUUUGUAUGUAUCUUAUUUGAAGUUAUUUGUUGAUUAUAACACUUCUGAGAUAUAGUUCUGACUACCCAAUUUACUUUUAAAAAAUAUAUGUUUUUUUUUUUGAAUAUUUUUCAUUAUUCGGGACUCUGUUCAACUCGGUCUUAUAUGCCUGCUUAUUAUAGCAUCAUUAUUUCUAAUAUUUUAUAUUUAUUCACUAUUCUAUAUUCUGUUCAAUAUUGUAUGUUUAUUUAUAAAACUUUAUAUGCUGACAUACAUGUACGGCUUAAAUGCAGAAUGCAGCCCAUUGAGUUGAAACAAAAAAUAAAAUAAAAGUGAGUAAGUUUAUAUUAUUCGUAUGUGCUAUAAAUGG